GGUGUGAGUGUUUUUAACGUUUUUAACGGUUUUCAGAAGACAUGGCUGGUCUGAGGUGCAUUCUGGGUCUUCUGGCUCUGAUGGUGGUUUCCAUCACAGCUGAUGAGAAUAAGGCUAAAUCUUUCUCUGAGCGGAUUGAGGAAACAAACACAAACAUUGUCGGAUCUCGUGAUGGGCUCUUUAUGGAGGGUGACACUGUUUAUGAUUCUGAGAGUGAAAGGAACGCCGACCCCUGCACCUCCUACAACUGCAAAUGGGACCAGGCCAGUGAUGGUCUGGUCUACGUGCCCUACGUCAUCGCAAACGACUACACCUCUAGAGAGCGGGCUGUCAUUGAACGUGGCCUGCAGUCCUUCCACAGUGUUUCCUGCAUUCGAUUUGUCCCUCGAGCCAGUGAAAGAGACUACAUCCACAUCCAGUCUCUGGACGGGUGCUUCUCCUAUGUGGGUCGGCGUUUCAACGAACAGGCUCUGUCUCUGAAGCGACAGGGCUGCCUGUACCAUGAUGUGGUGCAGCACGAGUUGCUGCACGCUCUGGGCUUUAAACACGAGCAGUGCCGCUCCGACCGAGACCAGCACAUCCGCAUCCUGUGGGAGAACGUCAUACCUGGUUGGGAGUAUGCCUUCGACAAGAUCAACACUCUGAACCAGGGAACCCCCUAUGACUACAACUCUGUCAUGCAGUACAGCAAGUAAGUACAGAGACCCCAAUGUGACCCCAAAAGUUCAUUUAAUGACAUUUCUUCUGCACCAUUUAAACCAGGUAGUCUCAGUGUAUUCUCCUCCUCAGGGCAGACAGAACCAAGACAAAUGAAAAUCUGACUUAUUUAUCUGACUUAUUUAUGUAUUCAGCAAUCUGAAUCUGACCCACAGUAGCGCAGAUACCUGCACCUUAUAGCCCCCAUCAGCCACUUUCAGAGUAUAAUGUGUAUAAUUCCAGGUACGCCUUC